CUAGCGAACCUAAAUACAAUACCAAUAAUCGUCUAAAAUGUGUGAUGAUAUUUGCGUAUCGUUCGAGACCUUCAGUCCGGAGAUUGAAUAUAUUAAAUUUUUAAAACGAAAGCCAAUUGUACAAACGGCGAAACUCUACGAGCAAUUGCAUACACGGGAGGGUAUCAAAUGUCCUUACAAUUUUAAGGGUUACGGCGUGGAAACGGACCAAAAUACUAUGUAUCGUACAUGUAACUCGGAAUAUGGAUACUAUGCGCCCAAUGCUUAUACUAUACCAUCACGGUAUUUUCCUUUGUCCCAGAAAUUUUCCAACGAACUUCAUCGCUGUGGCAUGUAUCGUAACUUCUCCCUAAACACUCAUAUGGAUCGAUCUUUUUAUUAG